UUCCACCCCACCACUCACCUCCCACCUCCUAUUUUCCUCUCCGCCCGUCGUUGUUGGAACGCACGCGGUGCGACGCGAGAACGGAAUGGAAGGGAAGGAAGGAAGGAAGCGUUCAAAGCUCUGUGUCUGACGGAUUCUGUUGCUUGACGGGAUCCCCGCUUCCCUCCUCCCUUUUACGACCCUCUUGAUCCCAGCAAGCUUCCUCUUCUCCAUUUCGAUUCUCCCUCGAGGCUGCAUGAUGGCACGCAUGAUUCUGAAUGAAGGUGGCUCUUCUAGCUCGACUUCAAUAAGCAGCCAAAGAAACGAUACUGAUGAUGACAGGAUGAUUGCAUUUGUUCUUUCAGAAGAAUAUGGUGGUUUAGAUGGUGCAGUUGCUAGACGACUUUCAAAUCUGUCCUCUGUCCCCCAUAUCCCCCGGAUAAAUUCAUUCAUUCCAACAUUGGGCGAUGCCAGUCUAGAUCACCAACGUCUCCUCCAAAGGCUAAAUGCUUAUGGCUUAUAUGAAGUGAAGGUUUCGGGGGAUGGCAAUUGUCAGUUCCGUGCACUUUCAGACCAGAUGUACAGAUCACCAGAGCAUCACAAACAUGUACGAAAAGAGAUAGUAAAGCAGCUGAAAGAGUGCCGUUCUUUAUAUGAAGGUUAUGUUCCCAUGAAAUACAAGCACUACUACAAGAAAAUGGCCAAAUCUGGUGAAUGGGGAGACCAUGUUACACUACAAGCAGCAGCUGAUAAGUUUGCAGCAAAGAUAUGUCUUCUAACUUCAUUUAGAGAGACCUGUUUUGUUGAGAUUGUUCCACGACAUCAAGCUCCUCAAAGAGAGCUAUGGCUGAGCUUCUGGUCUGAAGUACACUACAAUUCGAUUUAUGAACUUCAAGAUCUUCAAGUUCGGUACAAGCGUAGAAAGAAAUACUGGUUAUUUUAGAGGGUUGUGUAAAGCUUUAAAGAGAUAUAGAGGUCAAUCCUCUUGUGCAUAUGUAUGUGCUGAUUUUGAGUAUUUAUUGGUUUACUUUGAUUAUGGUUCUUGAAUUGUUCUGUAUUAUUUGUUACAAUAGAUAUUGACUUUGUCAAUCCCAUUCUUUAUAUUCUUUAAA